AUGUUGUGUUACAACUGUAGAGGAACUGGGCAUUUUGCAAGAGAAUGUCGUAUGCGUUCGCGAGAUGAUGAUAAUGGUGAAGAAGAAUACAGUAGCUAUACAGGUGGUGUUAACAAACGUAUAAACAACAACUAUUCAAGACAACAAGUUUAUGUGAAUAACCGUGGCGGAAGAACGAAUGGUAAUUAUAGUGGAGGCGCACGUUGUUAUCGAUGUAAUCGAGGCGGCCAUAUAGCACGCGAUUGCCUUGAAACUGAAGAGCGUUGUUAUCAUUGCAAUGAGUUUGGUCAUUUAGCCAAAGAUUGUGAUCGAGAUGUUGAUCCUGGUGCUUGUUAUAAUUGUGGAAAACUAGGCCACAUCAGAUCUGAAUGUCCUGAACCAUUGAAAAGUUUGUCUAAUACAAAUACUAACUAUAAUCAAAACGAUACUGCUAGUCGAUGUUAUCGUUGCAAUGAAGUCGGACAUUUUGCACGCGAUUGUGAUACAUCGAGAACUAUAUCAGGAGGUGCCGUAACAUCUUUGGCUUCUGGUGUCGCAUCGGCUGCAAUGAUGGACGAUGAUAAUCGAACUUGUUAUAAUUGUAACAGAAUUGGUCAUAUUAGCAUUAAUUGUCCAGAAAGUGGAAUUAAUCGCGGAUCAUCAAAUAGUAAAGAUGUAUGUUACAAUUGUAAUCAACGCGGUCAUUAUUCACGUAAUUGCCCUGAUUUCGAUAUCAAAUGUUACUCAUGUGGAAAAACGGGCCAUAUUGCUCGAGAUUGCAAUAAUAAUCGAAUAUUUUCAUCGUCAUCCAGUGGCCAAAAAACUCAACAAAAUCGUACACCACCGAACAAUGUUAGUAAUUCAUCAAUAUCUGGUAUAAAUUCGACUCAUACAACGUCAACUGAAGAAACAACAGCGGCAUAA